AAGGUAAUUUUGACGUAAACACUUGGCAACCCUGUCCAGUUCUUUUUCUCCUCAAAGUUGUUGGAGACACGUGCGUCUUUAACGCCGAAAUAUCUAAAAUAAGCCAAAAUGAGUGAAGGAACCGCGACAAUUCGCACCCGCAAGUUCAUGACCAACAGGUUGUUGGCGCGGAAGCAGAUGGUCUGCGAUGUGCUGCACCCUGGAAAGCCUACGGUCAGCAAGACCGAGAUCCGUGAGAAACUCGCCAAAAUGUACAAGGUGACACCUGAUGUCGUGUUCGUGUUUGGUUUCAAAACGAACUUUGGCGGUGGCAAAUCCACUGGCUUCGCGCUGAUCUACGACACACUGGACUUGGCUAAGAAGUUCGAGCCCAAGCACAGGCUAGCGCGCCACGGCCUGUACGAGAAGAAGAGGCCUACCCGCAAGCAGCGCAAGGAACGUAAGAACAGGAUGAAGAAGGUGCGUGGUACCAAGAAAUCCAAGGUCGGCGCGGCCGCCAAGAAGUGAUGUGACGGUUAGGCUGUAAGGUAAAUAAAAAUCACAAAAAAAUA